GUCACAUGACCAGCACCUCCCUGCUAAGGAUGGGGAUAGAUUUCCACGUCAGCUUACGUCUCCAAAUUUCUACUUCACGGAUCCGCUUCAAAGAGGCAGCUGCAGUGGAGAAUCAUGUUAAGCUCGGCUACUGCGGAGAGCCCAAGGUAGCCCAAUGAUGGAUUUUGAUGAGCGUGGUCCCUGCUCCUCUAACAUGUAUUUGCCAAGUUGUACUUACUACGUCUCGGGUCCAGAUUUCUCCAGCCUCCCUUCUUUUCUACCCCAGACCCCGUCUUCGCGCCCAAUGACAUACUCCUACUCUUCCAACCUGCCCCAGGUCCAACCCGUGCGCGAAGUGACCUUCAGAGAAUACGCCAUUGAGCCCGCCACUAAAUGGCACCCCCGCGGCAAUCUGGCCCACUGCUACUCCGCGGAGGAGCUCGUGCACAGAGACUGCCUGCAGGCGCCCAGCGCGGCCGGCGUGCCUGGCGACGUGCUGGCCAAGAGCUCGGCCAACGUCUACCACCACCCCACCCCCGCCGUCUCGUCCAAUUUCUAUAGCACCGUGGGCAGGAACGGCGUCCUGCCGCAGGCUUUCGACCAGUUUUUCGAGACGGCCUACGGCACCCCGGAAAACCUCGCCUCCUCCGACUACCCCGGGGACAAGAGCGCCGAGAAGGGGCCCCCGGCGGCCGCGGCGACCUCCGCGGCGGCGGCGGCGGCGGCGGCGGCAGCGGCCACGGGCACGCCGGCAACUUCAAGUUCGGACAGCGGCGCCGGCGGCUGCCGGGAGGCGGCGGCGGCGGCGGAGGAAAAGGAGCGGCGGAGGCGCCCCGAGAGCAGCAGCAGCCCCGAGUCGUCUUCCGGCCACACUGAGGACAAGGCCGGCGGCUCCAGUGGCCAAAGAACCCGAAAGAAGCGCUGCCCCUACACCAAGUACCAGAUUCGGGAGCUAGAGCGCGAGUUCUUCUUCAGUGUGUACAUCAACAAAGAGAAACGUCUUCAACUAUCCCGCAUGCUCAACCUCACUGACCGUCAGGUCAAAAUCUGGUUUCAGAACAGAAGAAUGAAGGAAAAAAAAAUUAACAGAGACCGUUUACAGUACUACUCGGCCAAUCCGCUUCUCUAAAGGCUCCAGCCAGCUGGACCUGGGUGGGGGGCUUCAUACACAGGAGAUUAUAUGCAGAUUUUGCCCUUGACAAGGUCAAGGCACAUGGUGACUUUUCAAGAAAGGAGAUGUGCAAGAGAGGAAAGGCAAUACACGGAGACAGCCUGGAAGGAGGCUGCCCGGUGGUGGUGAAGAUUUCUAAUGAUACUUGGAUUCAGAGAGUUGUGCACCAACAACGAGAAUGAAUGGUUUGGGGCCUCUGGUGGUUCACCUUUGGAGACUGCUAGAGCUAUGGGCUGGGUGUGGUCUCCAUCAGGGACUGGGCACCCUUCCCAGCCCCCCAGGGAAAAUGAUCCCAACCCAGGACCCUCCACAUGGAGCCUGGUCACCUCUAGGACCCCUGUGUCAAGAUCGCCAAAGCCAAUUCAGUUUGGGAAAAGGAGAAGAAGGAAAGGGGAGGAUUCCUAGAUGUCGGAUUGGGGCUGCUUUCCAAAGCUAAUGUGAAAGAUGACUGGAUUAAGAGGUUGAUGCAAGGUGGGAGAGAGCUGUUGAUCCUUGAGGGGAAAACUAAUUUACCAUCCCAGGUGGCAUCACGGGCUCUCUACUCUUCCUAGCCACUCACCGAACUGUCCUAGGCCCGAGCUUCUAGCAGUUGACUGCCUUCUGCAACCCACCUAGUUUUUCCUACCGACGAGGGUCUUCGUCUGGCCUGCCACUUUAGGCCUAAAGCCUAGUGGCAGAGCAGACCAUUCCCUGAGGUGGAAGACAUCAAAAAGCCUAGAGGCUGCACCCAGGCCGCUGGCCCCCGGAUCCCUGCAGGAAAUGCCUGUGGAGUGCGGCAAUUUGGCAAAGUCUAUGCCACACUUAAUUCAAGCUUGGAUUUGCUCAGUGAAGCGGUGGGCCUGGCCAGCAGUCCACAGCUAUAAGGGGCUUGAGUCUCCCAAACACCCAGUUUCCACGCCGCACUCUGCCCUUCGCCACCCCAGAACUGAGCUUGGAAGCUUUCGGUGACCUUCCAAGAGCUCAAGAGUGAUUUGGAAUUAUUUUAAAAGAUAAAUAUUAUAUUAUAUAUAUAUAUUUCCCUGCAAGAACCAAAGUGAAUUUUAAAAGAUGCAAUGUAGAGGGGGGGAAAAAGAUGAUGAGAAUAUUUAAAGGCUCUAUCUGUUUACAGUGUUCCACGGUUAAACUCACUCACUGCUAAAAAUAUUUGAAUGUAUGCUUCAUACA